GUGUUCCAGCCACCAGGGACAUCGAAGAAGAGUGACCCCGUGGAGCUGCAGGUGACAGAUCACAGUUAUCCCCCACCUGGCAUUUCCCUGAUACCCAAAGAACGUGUGGAGUUGGGGACCAAUGUCACCAUCCAGUGCUGGAACCAGGAAUACAGGGGCACCAUCUUCCUGCACAAGGCUGGGCACUCAGCCCCUAUCCAGCACCAGGUCCCUGAUUUUGGGGGCAUGGCCACCUUCACCAUCUUUGGGGUGACCCCAUCCGACUCUGGCACCUACAGGUGCUCCUACCGCAUUGGGAGCUCCUACCUUCUAUUGUCACCCCUUGGGGAUAAUGUGACACUGGAAGUGAAUUCCGAACCUGCUCCCCCAGGUGAUGAGAGGAGGUCCCGUGGGAACCUGGUGGUGGCAGUGGUGAGGGGCUGCGCUGCCGCCCUCGUCUUUGGCCUGGGCCUCUACUUUGUCCUCGAUGCCCGCAGCCUCUGGAUACAAAGAGAUGACAGCCCUGGUGGGGAAGACAGCUGAAUCACUUUGACUCUCAAUAGAACGCCUUUAGUUCCCCCCAAGUAUUUUCUGCUUCCUCUCUGAUAGCGUAUAUACCCUCCGAUCUCCCUCCCAUUCCUUUCAAUCCCCAUACCUCCCUCCAGCUGUGUCCUUCCUCAUCUUCCAUCCCGUAUAGGUGGAUAAAUCCCCUUAACGUUACCCUGCCUUCGCUUCCAUGCACUGUUGAUCCCCCUCUUGCUCUCUGGUGCCCUCCAUAACCCCCAUCCCCCUCCCCUCCCAAUUUUAAUACAGAUGCCCCUCCCCCAGGAGGGCUGAGUCCAUUCAGUUCCCAGACAACAUCUGAGUCAGGCAAUCCCUAAACACAACCUACCCCCUUGCGGAUCCCCCAAAUCCCACUGUGAACUCCAAACCCUGUCCACGUGGACCCCAAGGGACUCCCAGUUUCAUAUGCCUUACUCUGUCUCUAUGUGCAUCCCCAAAUCCAGCCCAUGGAAAAACUAAAAUCUACGUGGUGGGAAUACCAGAUAGAAUCCUCCAGCCUUUCUUGUGCUCUUCCAGCCCUACACACACACAGACCCUACAGGCACCCCCAGAACUGAGAACAGAGCAGCCACGUAGAGCACAGCCAGCACAAAGUCCCAGGGAAUCCCCAGACCUCCUGCACAGCCCCCAGAUCCUAUGGCCACCUCCAAGCCAUAGUGGAACCCCCAAAUGCCAUGCAUAGGACCCCCCAUAUCUGACCUAUGGAGUCCUCCCGUCUAAGCCUCCCCCGCUCCCCUAGCCCCAAACGCCCCUCAGAACUCGUGGGCAUCCUCAGACCAUAAUGAGACACUCCGAAACCAUGCUUGGAUCCACAAAAUUAAUCCCAAGCCCACCCUGCUUGUGACCCAGUCUUAGCCAACAGAAUCCCAAACGUCCCAAAUCUAACAUCCCCAAAUCCUCACCAGUGUGCCCCACAUCACUCAAAAGCAACCCAAAACCCCAAAUCAUCGGUUCUAACCCCCAAAUCCUUCUUUAUCAUCCUCAAAUCCCUUCUCACUCACUGGUUCCCAAAAGCUUUCCCGAGUUUUAGCAUUGGCUGCAGGGUGGUGAGCAGUCGCGCUGAGCGUCGCUUGUUUUGUAAAUCUGUAAAUAUUAUUACCUGUCAUGGGUUUAUGAUUUCUGCUUAUUGGCAUUCCGCAUCAUAACUUCAUGUGGAGGGUAAAAGAGCCAGUGCUCCAGUUGCAUGGAUCGUGGAUCGUUCCACACACCUGGUUCUCCAAGGAGAAGAAGAACUGCACACCACGCACCCCAGAGGACUUCGUGUUGUUCUGUUGUCUGUUUUCCAUUCAGAGGGAAAGAUAAAACUGCUGGCAGUUCAUGAGCUGCCCUCUCUUUUCCCUUCCUGCUCCUCCCAGCAACGUGUGUGCUCCCCAGCCAUCUCGACUUCAGCAUUAGAGUAAGAACUUUGGUUUUGGACACACUCUGAUUCUAAUAGAUUUAUUAGCUUCAAUUUCAGCUACAUUACAUUACAUUGUGCUACACCGAAUUACUUUGCAUUCUGACGUCUUUAUUUAGUAAAUUACCUUUUCUCCUCAGAUGGUUGCUACCAGUUCGUUCCUAGGCCCAUCUCCCUACCCACUCCCCAUUUCCCCCUUUCCCCUUUCCCAGGGCAUGGCUUCACGGGUCCCCCCACCACAUCAGUGAAAGAAUCAGACCGAACCGACCUGUGAACCAUCCAUAUGACCAUCAUCGUGACUCCUCUCUUCCUUUUCUACCCUAUUAAAUUAGUUUUUAUUGCAA